AUGCCGUUCGGCUUAAAGAAUGCAGGUGCAACGUAUCAAAGGUUGAUGAACGAAAUGUUCAGUGACGCCAUCGGGAAAUACGUAGAAGUGUACAUGGAUGAUCUGGUCAUCAUGAGCAAGGAGGAGAGCACAAUGCUGGCAAAUAUUAUGAAGACUUUCAACACGCUGCGAAGCGUAAGCAUCAAGCUGAACCCAGCUAAGUGUUCCUUCGGAAUGGAAGAAGGAAAAUUUUUGGGCUUCAUAGUCACCAAAGACGGCUUUAAGGUGAACCCAGAAAAGGUCCAAGCCAUAGAAAGGAUGCCUUCGCCAACAAAUGUCAAAGAUAUGCAAAAGCUCGCAGGACGACUCGCAGCACUCAACCGUUUUUUAGCCAACCAGUUUCAAUGGACUCCGGAAGCAGAAAAUGCGUUCCGUGAGAUGAAAGACUGCCUCAUCAAGCUACCAACUUUAACCGCACCAAACAAAGGAGAACCUUUGAUCUUAUACCUUUCAGCUUCCGACAAAGCAGUCGGAGCCGUUCUGCUUGUUGAUCGUCAAGGUAUCCAGACACCUGUGUAUUAUGUAUCUCGAACCUUGACCGACCCAGAAACCAGAUACGCAAUCAUGGAAAAACUCGUCCUUGCACUAAUCCACGCGUCAAGAAGGCUGCGCAGAUAUUUCGCCAAUCACGUCAUCCACGUGCUAACAAAUUACAACAUUGGGAAUAUCAUAGCAAGGCCAGAAGUAUCCGGGAGACUGGCCAAAUGGGCAAUAGAGUUAGGGGGACACAACGUAGUCUUCAGACCACGUCCGUCAAUCAAAGGCCAAGUUCUGGCAGACUUCAUGACGGAGGUCCCAGACGACAAAGACAGAGAAUGCAAGGCGAUGGAGAAAGCCGAGAAAAAACAAACCGAAGAACCGUGGCUUCUGUACACGGAUGGUGCUUCCAACGAAGACGGGGCAGGCGCGGGGCUACGGCUAGUAAGCCCUGACAAACACGAGUUUACUUACGCCACACGUCUAGAUUUCAAGAGCACCAACAACGAAGCAGAGUAUGAAGCUUUUCUGGCCGGUUUGCGUUUGGUAAUAAAAAUGGGGGUCCGACACAUUGAAGCACAUGUGGAUUCCAUGUUGGUGGCAGGCCAAAUCAACGGCCAAUAUGAAGCCAAAGGCGACAUAAUGGCACUUUAUCUCCAUCAAGCAAAGACAUUGCUACAAACCUUCUACUCUUACAAAGUACACCACAUAAACCGCAGCGAAAACAAGCCAGCAGACGCGUUAAGCAAGCUUGCGUCAACAAGUUUCCAACAUCUGGCCAAGGACGUGCGCAUAGAAGUUUUAAGCAAUCCGUCUGUACCACUCAGAGAAGUAAAUGUCAUCCAGACAGGAACCUCGUCCUGGAUGACACCCAUAAUCAUGUACCUACAAUCCGGAAUACUCCCGGAAAACAAAGCCGAAGCGCGGAAGAUACAAUACAAGUCAGAACAUUAUCAGAUGGCUGACGGAAUACUGUACCGAAAAUCAUACCUCGGACCGCUGCUAAGAUGUGUCGAUGCCGAUGAUGCAAAUUAUCUAAUCCGCGAAAUACACGAAGGCAUUUGUGGAAUCCACGCCGGACCCCGCAUGGUAGUGGCAAAGGUAAUGAACGCCGGCUACUACUGGCCGGGAAUGCAUCUCGACGCGGUGAAAGAAUUAAGAAAGUGCAGCGGCUGCCAGAGGCAUGCACCAAAAACCAUGCGGCCAAAAAACGAACUAGUACCGGUAACAACCGCAUGGCCCUUUCAACAAUGGGGCAUAGACAUGGUGGGCCCCUUCCUAGAAGCUCCGGGGGCAGUCAAAUUCAUCAUAGUCGCGGUAGACUACUUUACCAAGUGGGUAGAAGCCAAGGCACUUGCAUCAACCACGUCGGCAGUUGUUAAACGAUUUAUCUGGGAACAAAUCAUAUGCCGAUUCGGCCUACCACUCCGCAUCAUCACCGACAACGGGACAAACUUCGCCGCAGAUGAUCUCGAGCGAUGGUUCAAGGAACUGAACAUCGAACAUACCUUCUCGUCAGUUGCACAUCCACAAGGGAAUGGCCAAGUUGAAGCAGUCAACAAGAGCAUCGUCGAUGGCAUCAAGGCAAGGCUCGGUGAAAAAAGACGUGGAUGGGUCGAUGAAUUACCCAGCAUACUGUGGGCUCAUAGAACAAUGCCAAAAACAAGCAACGGAGAAACACCCUUUAGCUUGCAAGGCAAAUAA